CGAGUGCUCCCCAUGGAUUGCCGGCGAAUGCUCUGCGUCCUGCUGUGUAUGAUCUACAUGCUGCAUGUCACCGGGCUUUGGUGGUAAGUAAUGGCUAUGGGGCGGCAUCUGGUUCUGGAUCCGGGCAGAAUUUGCCGGAAGACCCGCCGCCUGCGGGGCAAGCAGGCCCUGAUCUGCAAGAAGGAACCAGAAGUGGUGACGGCCAUCGGCGAGGGGUCGAAACUCGGCAUCCACGAAUGCCAACACCAGUUCAGGUUUCGGAGGUGGAACUGCACAACAGCUAAAAGGUCCUUGAAGAAAGUGCUAAUGACAGAUACAAGAGAAACAGGUUUCGUCAAUGCUAUUACGUCUGCAGGAAUCAUCUAUUCCAUCACUCAGGCCUGCAGCUAUGGUCAGUUGCUGGACUGCACCUGCGAGAGGAACGCCCCACCCGCAGCCCUGGCACCCCCGCCUCAAGAAUCAGCCGAGAAUCGCUGGGAAUGGGGCGGUUGCAGUGACAACAUCAACUUCGGCUACAGGAAGUCCAAAGAAUUCAUGGACGAUAGAUUCAAGAGAAGAAGCGAUUUGAAGACAUUGUUGCUAAAACAUAAUUAUGAAGCUGGAAGAUUAGCAGUAAAAGCACACAUGAAACUCGUCUACAAGUGCCAUGGCAUGUCCGGAUCAUGCGCUGUGAAAUCAACAUGGCGGAAACUUCCAAUUUUCCGCGAAGUAGGGAAUCACUUGAAGGAAAGAUUCGACGGGGCUGCCAAAGUGAUGCCAGGCAACGAUGGCCAGGGUUUCAUUCCGGAAGGCGCCACCAUUAAGCCACCAGAGAAGGAAGACAUUGUAUACACUGAGGAGUCUCCCAGCUUCUGUGAGCCAGAUAAAAAGACUGGGUCCUUGGGCACACAAGGCCGCCAAUGUAACCACACAUCGAUUGGGGUGGACGGCUGUGAACUGUUGUGCUGUGGGAGAGGGUAUGAAGCUGUCCGUAGAACUCACAGGGUAAACUGCAACUGUAGAUUCCAGUACUGCUGCGAGGUGCAGUGUGAGACCUGCGAUCGUAGGCACACGUACAGCAGAUGCCUCUGAUUGGUUCCGAGGCCGAACCAACUUUUACAGUGCCAAUACCUGUACAUGAGUCUUAAAGAAUGAAAGUGAUUUCAAGAAAUCGUCAAGCUUGCUAAGACGCACACUGUUCUUUUCUUAGUGAUUACGCCACAGGAAAAAUCACCAGCUCAGAAGAGAGGCGACAUCGAUAGGAAUUGCAGAUUCUCUGAUGAUCGGUGACUUGGACUCUUCGAAAAGGGCUUAUUUUGUUACAAGAAUUGAAAAUUCGUUUGAAAUUUUUUUUAGCCUAAUGAUUCUCAAUAGAUGAAUCCUUAAGCUGAUUAUCAUUCAAAGUAUUGUACAGUGAACUGGUGGUCAUAUGAAUUCAUGAUGUGUUUAUAUGCUUGUUUGGCUCUUUUAUGUGAUUGCUUGGGGGUAUUCUUCUCUUUAUGAUUAAUACUAUAAUGGAUUCACCAGCUUAGAAAAGCAACUAUGUGGGAGCUGAUUGUGGCGUGAUGAUAAAUAUUUUCUGAUGAUCGGUGACUUGUUAUUUCUCACUGAAUUCUUCGAAAAAAGGCUCAUUUUGAUAACAGAGUUGGAAACUCCUUUGAAAAAUUUUUUCAGCCUAAUGUUUCUCCCUAAAUAGGUUGGGUAUCAGUAAAAAAAAUGAUAUUGUAGUCGAAAAUUCGUUAAAAAACUUUCUGUCAUAUAAUUCUGUGUAGUUAAAUUCGUAAGAUGAUUUUCAAUAAAAAAUCAUGGUUGUGAAUUGAUGGUUAUGUGAAUUCAUCAUUGUUUAAAUGCUUGUUUGCUGCUUUCAUUUGAAUGCUUCGAAUAUCAUUCUCUUGGUAAUUUUGCCAUAGCUCAGAAAAGCGGUGAUAUAAGAAAAGAUUCUGGUGUGGGAACAGAAAUUGUUUAAUAAUUGGAAAGUUAUGAGUCUUUUCCCUGACUUCGUACAGAAAGACUUCCUUAGACAUCAGAAUAAAGGACUCAUUUAAACUCUUUCAGCCUAAUGAUUCUGAAGAAUCGGAUUUAUAAAUUGAUUUCCAGUUAUAAAGUUGUGGUUGUGAAUUGAUGGUUAUGUGAAUUCAUCAUUGUUUAUAUGCUUGUUUGCUGAUUUCAUGUGAUUGCUUCGAUUAUCAUUAUCUUGGUAAUUUUGCGGCAGAAUUCCACGCCAGCUCAGAAAAAGGUGAUAAAGAAAUUGAUUUUGGAAUAAGAACAAAAGUUGUAUGUUAUUAUAAAGUUUCCAAUUAUAAAGUUGUGAUUGUGAAUCGAUGGUUAUGUAAAUUCAUCAUUGUUUGCUUAUAUGCUUGUUUGCUGCUUCUUGAGAAUGCUUGGAUAUCAUUCUCUUUGUAAUUUUGUCACAGAAUACCAUGCCAACUCAGAAAAGUGCUGAUAAAGAAAUUGAUUUUUUGGAGUGGAAACAAAAGUUAUCUAAUAAUUGUAAACCUGUUAAUUUUCACUGAUUUCUUUGAAGAAAAAGCUUUCUUCAACAUUAGAAAAAAAAAUUCAUUUAAAAAAAACUUUCAGUCUAAUGAUUCUGAAGAGGUGAAUUCCAAUUAUUAAGUUGUGGUUGUGAAUUGAUGGCUAUGUGAAUUCAUCAUUGCUUAUAUGCUUGUUUGUUGCUUUCGUAUGAAUGCUUUGGAUAUCAUUCUCUUGGUAAUGUUGACAUAAAAUACCACACCAACUCAAAAAAAAAAAAAAAAAAAAAAAAAAAAAGGUGAUAUAGAAAUUGAUUUUGGAAUAAGAACAAAAAUUGUCUGUUAAUUAGAAACUUCUUAUUCUACGAUGAAUUCGUCGAAAAAAAGCUUUCUUCCAUAUCAGAAUAGAAGACUCAUUUAAAAUCUUUCAGCCUAAUGAUUGGAUUCAUAAACUGAUUUCCAAUUAUAAAGUUGUGCUUGUGAAUUAAUGGUUAUGUGAAUUCAUCAUUGUUUGUGUACAUAAUUUGUUUGCUUCUUUCAUAUUAGUGUUUGGGGCUUCUUGAAGCUUUGCCGUCAGUCGUUCAUUUCGCAGAAUUCUAAAAAAAGACAUCUGAUGUUUAUUCGAAUCAUAUAAAAUUUCUGCUAAAAAUUUAGUUGGAUUAAAGUAUUUCAUUAUUGUGAAUGCACCAAAAAAUGGAGUACAAUUAAAAUGUCUGUUACUUUUCGAAUUCUUGUAUCAUAGUUGUAGUUAAAGUUGUAAAAUCAGUUAAUUCUCCAAUAUAUAUGGUUAAAUAGUUGCAUAUUAAAACAGUAUUAAAAUAUAUAAGCUUUAUUAAAAUUUACUUAUUUGGCAUGUCUUGGCAUUCCUAAAAUUCUUUCAUUUAGACAUCAAAAUUGAAAAAAACUGGAUCAUUUAGUGUUAAAGAAUUCUGUCUAUCACAUUUCUUUUAGUGAUUAACUGCUAUAUAAAAUUGUUAUGUAAUUUUAUUUCAAUUUUAUCGCAACUUUGUUGUAUUUUUUGUUUUUUCUUUGUUACUGCUGUUUUGCUCAAUGAUUGUUAUGCCAAUCUGUUUAUAGCUAUAUCUACUCAUUAAUUGUCCUUUUUAUUAAAACAUGAAUUUCUUGUUUAUUAGAGCUUAGAACGAAUUUAUUGCAAGUCGUAAAAAUUCAUUGUUCAAUCUGGGAAUGCAUAUGUAUCCCGUUCCUUGUAGGCUGCUUUAUCAUUUGUUGUACAUACCUUGAUGCAUUAAAUUUUUCUGUUA